AUGGACUCUGAAAGGGACACGAGGGAAAAGGCUGUCGGCGAAAACGGCAGUGCCUUGCACAACGAAACGAUAGCUGCAGCUCAGCAUGACUCAACUUCCGAGACGAUUGCCGAGUCACCACCAGCCGCUGGAAUGACUGAAGAUGAUGCGCUGAGGAAUCUCUCUGGGACCGUGCGAGAUCAGGAUGAGCUGGAACGAGAUAUUACCAUGCAGGCUAACGCGGCAAUCAUGGAGGCUGAGGACAAGAAAGACCGUGCCAGGAUUGCCAAACUCGAGCUGACUCGUGAUCGCUACAAGACCCAACUUGACAAGGAAAGACGGAAGUUGGAUAGAGUUGCGGGCAACCCACAUCAGUCGCGAGCCCUGCAAAACGAGAUCGCCAGAAUCGAACAAGAUAUCAACCAAGCGACUCUCGACAUCGGGGAUUUCGAGCUGCGUAUCCAGAAGAGGCACCAAGAAGAUCCGCUACAGAGCAUGACCCAGGCAAAGUCGAAGAGACUUCCUGGCGAAAGCCAUCGCGACUAUCUCAUCAGAACCGGCAAGAUCACUCCAUUCUCGAAACUAGGAGGCACUCGUCCAGCCGGUAUCGAAGGCCAACUUGCCGACACCAUUUUGGAUGCUGAGGAGGAAGCGACUGCGAAUCAACUGGGGGACGAGUCCUUCGAGGGUCCUCUGUCGCAUCAAUUACUUCGUCGUCCCGGAUUCUCGGAAGAGAACACACCGUCCCCGCCGAGUGAAAAGACCUCGGCCGAGGCAGAAUUCUCACUUCGACCACGAAAGAAGAUCAAAGUCUCGCGAAGAGCAGAACGCGAGCCGUCGGCUGACUUCGAGCCCGAGGCGCCUUCAAGUCCAGAAUCUACCGACUCUACCGUCUGGCAGCAGACAACCGAAGAUGACAUCAUUCGACAACAACGACGGAAGGCAAAAGCUAAGAAACAGGCCGCGGAGCAAGAUUCUAUCGAUCUUAGCAAGAUUGAUGAUGGCAACGAGGCUCACUAUAAGAGGCGGCUCAAGGACUGGGUCGAUCGAAGGAGUCGAGCAAGACGAGCCAAACGCCAGAGCGACCCAUUUGCAAACCCUGAGGAUAGUGACGAGAAUGAGGAAGAGUGGUUUAAGCCUGCCCCAGGUGUUCCCGAUCACCAUUUCACCGACGAUCUCAAGCUACCAGGAGAUGUAUAUCCCUCGCUAUUCGGAUAUCAGAAAACUGGCGUCCAGUGGCUUGCGGAGCUUUACAAACAAAGUGUUGGGGGAAUCAUUGGAGAUGAAAUGGGUCUCGGGAAAACAGUGCAGCUGAUUGCUUUCAUCGCCGCUCUGCACUACAGCAAAAAGCUCAAGAAGCCAGUCAUUGUGGUUGCUCCUGCCACGCUCCUUCGCCAGUGGGUGAGCGAAUUCCAUCGGUGGUGGCCACCUCUGCGCGUUUCUAUCCUGCAUUCUUCCGGCAGCGGGAUGCUGAAUCCUUCGGCUGAAGAUGAGUAUGAUCUAGAACAUUUUAGCCCAAUGGCUACCCGGUCAAACAAGGCGGCGAAGAGAAUCGUCCGAGGGGUGGUUCAGAAAGGUCACGUCCUCAUCACCACGUACACUGGACUUCAGACAUAUGCCGAGGAGCUGUUAAACGUUGAAUGGGAUUAUGCGGUGCUGGACGAAGGCCACAAAAUCCGAAAUCCAAAUGCCGAAAUCACAGUCACAUGCAAAGAGCUCAACACGCCAAAUCGGCUCAUUCUGUCAGGAACUCCAAUUCAAAAUAACCUGACCGAGUUGUGGUCGCUCUUCGACUUUAUCUAUCCGAUGCGCUUGGGGACUCUGGUCAAUUUCAAGCAACAGUUUGAGAUCCCCAUUCGCCAAGGCGGCUAUGCAAAUGCAUCCAACCUGCAAGUCAUGACAGCUGAAAAAUGCGCCGAAGCUUUGAAAGAAACCAUCAGUGAAUACUUGCUUCAGCGAUUGAAGGUCGAUGUGGCUGCCGACCUUCCGGAAAAGACAGAGCAGGUCCUGUUUUGCAAAUUGACUGAAGGCCAACGCAACGCAUAUCAGACGUUCCUCCGCUCCGACGAAGUUUCUGCCAUUCUCAAUAAGACACGCCAAUCACUGUAUGGUAUUGACAUACUCCGCAAGAUUUGCAACCAUCCUGAUCUUUUGGACAAAUCUCUCUCGCAAAAAGCGGGCUACGAGUUCGGCGACCCCAAGAUGUCGGCAAAGCUUCAGCUCACUAAAGACCUUCUGCAGAAAGUCAUGAUACCGAAUGGACACAAGACACUGUUAUUUUCACAAGGGAAGCAAAUGCUUAAUAUUAUAGAAAAAUGCAUCAGAAACUGUGGAAUUACCUAUCUUCGCAUGGAUGGAGAAACUCCGAUUGACCAGCGACAGCCCAUGAUCGACAAGUUCAACUCUGAUCCUGAUAUUCACGUCUUCAUCAUGACGACCAGGACUGGUGGACUGGGUACAAACCUCACUGGCGCUGAUCGUAUCAUCAUCUUCGAUCCCGAUUGGAAUCCAUCUACCGACCUGCAAGCGCGAGAGCGAGCAUGGAGACUUGGUCAGAACAAGCCCGUCAAGAUUUACCGACUUAUGACGGAGGGCACAAUUGAGGAAAAGAUUUAUCAUCGCCAGAUUUUCAAGCAGUUCAUGACGAACAAGGUUCUCAAGGAUCCAAAGCAGCGAAGCUCUUACGACCUCUCCGACUUGUAUGAUCUGUUCACUUUUGACGGCAACACAGACCCCGCUGCGUCAAGAAGCGAAGUCUUCAAGGGUGCGGAAGUCAAGCUGGGUGAAAACCGAGACAACACGGACGCAAAAGCCCUGAUCCCCAUUGGAGACAUGGGCGAAAAGAAGGAGCUGAAGAGCCUAGAUAUGGUCGCUUCGAUGGAGGAUGUCAAAGAAGAUCCAUCUUCUCACGAAGAGAAGCGCAUGCUGGAGGGCAUCUUUGCGCGAUCAGUGAACAGUGCCUAUGAUCACGAACAGAUCGUCAACGGGCCGCAGAAGGUCAAGGCUGACCUGGCCAUUCUGCGCCAAGAGGCCAACAGAGUCGCCCGCGAGGCUGCUGCACAUCUCCGGCACUCGGGUGAGGAAGCCCGUCGAGUGCCAAUUGGAACGGUCACUUGGACAGGUGAAGUUGGCACGGCGGGUCGACCUGGCGGCAAUCGCCGUCGUGGCGGUCCAAGUUCGGCGGGUAUCGUGGGCAAUCUCGCGGGUCGCCAGGGACUGGAUAGCGGUAGCAGCUCUCGGUCCGGCACACCCGCAGCGGACAGAAACAUGAAGGCCAAGGAUUUCAUUCCCCUGAUCAAGACGUUCAUCAGCCGUCAUGGAGGGAAAGUCCCAAGCAAGAUGUUGGUGGAUCACUUUAACCCUUACUGCCCUGGCAAGAAGCAGACCGACGAAUUCAAGACUGCGCUGGAAACGGUUGCCGUUUUGAACAGGGUCAGCAGUACUGGCAGGGGCAUGUGGUCGUUGAAGCCCAGGUUUCAAUAA